AUGACGUCCCCCGUGCCGGCGACCGCGACCUCCUCGCUCCGCGCGCUGCUCAACACCCCGCUGCAGGCCGUCUUCGAAGCUCGCCUCGAGUCGCCGACGCAGACCUGGCGCCCGAGCUCGGGCAGCGGCGGCGCCACGCAACGCGUCGUGACCCUCAGGCACAACGACACCGUGGGGAUGGCGCUGACGAAGCUGGCGAGGCACCGCGGCGGUCUCACCGGCGCGCCGGUGACGAUCGAACCGGACCCGCUGCACGCGGACUGCAUGGACCACGGCUCGCGGGUGGACCGAGACGACGGAUACGAAGCCGCCGUGCUCCUCGGGUUCUUCGACACGGGAGACGCCCUGAGGGCUCUUAUCGACGCCCUCCCCGACGAGGACAGAAAGCGCGCGACGGGGGAGAUAAUCGCCCCGACCCGAAACGUCCUCGCGUGGAUGAAGUUGCUCGAGCAGAUGCAGAAGGGCGUGACGAACAGGCGGCUCGUGCAGGUUCUCGGCGACGACGCCGAGCUCCUUUACCGUCCCAACCUCCGAGGCGUCACCCUCGGCGAGGCUGUCCGAGAGGGCUUCCUCCACAACAAGAGCGCCAACGGGUUCGUGCACAGGCUGGCCAUCUUCGACGAGAAAGGCGAGAUCACGCGCGUGUUCAGCAUGAGCGACGCGGUGCGUUACCUGGCGUUACGAUCCGACGACAUGGGCGGACUCGAGGACAUGACACUCGCGGAACUCGGCCUGGGCCAGGACACCGAAAGGCUCGUAACGGUGGACCCCUCCGUGCCGGCCAUAGAGGCGUUUGCUCGCAUGUGCCACAAAGGCGUGAGCGGCGUCGGCGUGCUGGAUAAGACCCAGGGUUUAAUCGCGAACCUCAGCGCGUCGGACCUGCGGGGCGUCACCCCCGAGCACUUCGGCAUGCUGGGCCUCCCGGUUGCCGAGUUCCUCGCCCUGCUUCACGGAACCUCCUACGCCGGCUUCUCGCACAUCGAAUCGCAGAACCGAAGCAACCCUUUCUUCGCCAACGCCAAGGAAAAGGCGAAGGUUCUCGUCGUCGCGAAAUCCGACGACGUGCUCGGGAAGGUGCUUCAGCUCGUGCGCGAGCGCGGCGUGCACAGAAUUUACGUGUGCGAGAGAGGGAACAAGCCAGUCGGGGUGGUUACGCUGACGGAUAUUCUCGCCAGGGUCGCCCUCGCCGCCGACCCGCUCGUCAGCGACGUCGUGGAGAGGUUCGCGUGA